AUGACGACAUCACACAGACCCCAGCUAGAGGCUCGUAAUGGAGCCAAGGGCAGCUACGUUCCAACCAGCAUCGAGCAUGCAAGACUUUUGCCUAGUCAUACAAAACUUAAGUACAGGAAGAGGAAGACGCACUUGCCGUCCGAACGGUCAAGGGAAAACAAUAACGAAGAGAAUAAGAAACGCAAGCAUGAGAAUGGCAAAUUAUUGCUCAAAGUAUCUGGAAACUUGAAAGAGAAUUUGGCAGAAAAAACUUCAGCAUCCGACGAAGAGGACAGCAGUUACAAAGAGUUGAAUCACGGUGACAAUACUUCAAAUUUAGAAAGUGAUAAAAGUGCUGCUGACACUGUAGGAAGUAACUCUGAGGAUAAUAUCUCAGGCAGCUCGUCUGAUGAAGAAGAAGAAGAAGAGGAAGAAGAAGAGGAAGAAGAAGAGGAAGAAGAAGAGGAAGAAAUCGAGGACCAAGAGGCUCUCUUACGUGAACUGAACAAAAUAAGACAGGAACGCUUAAUGAAGAAGAUGGAGGAGCAGCAAGCUAAGGGGGACGCUGAACGGGAGAGUGAACCAAGCUUCAAAACAAAAUCUGAUUGGCGAUCACGUACCGCUUUCGGAAGACGUAGAAAAGUUAACUCCUCUUCUAAUAGGAAUAAAGAUGAUAAGAGCAAAUACACAAGCGAUCUCACUAAAAGUCAAUACCACCAAGAAUUUCUUCACAAAUUUGUUAAAUGA